AUGUCAUCCGCAGCUGAAACGCUGCCUACUCUCGAAGAGGUACUGUCGCGCAAGACAGCACCGCCUUUGUGCCUUUAUAAUUUCUAUAUUAUUAUGCGCGACCGACUCCAAAUGGAAGAAGUGUUGGACUUUUACCUCGAUGUUCAGCAUCACGAACAACUGUGGCGCCGCUAUAUUCGGUCUUUACGGAAAUCAGGCUUCUUAACCGAACAGGAUUUAGCCGACGGAUACCAAUCGCCUCGAUUACUGAGCCGCCUUUCAAAUACCUACUCUUACGAUGACGAAAAGCUCACUCUCGAUACCCAGCGCACUUCGUCUAUGCCACCACCGAGUCGUCAGGAUCUUGCAGAAUCAGCGCAGCGUAUUUUGCUUCGAUAUCUCGUUCCUUCAGCCUCCAAAGAACUGACUCAGUUACCCCAAGAACUUAAAAACGCGAUCCGACGAGAACUCGAUCGUUCCGACCCACGAGAUGACCCUUUGGUGUUUUCGGAUGCCAAGGAAUAUCUUUUCGAAUACAUGCAGCGAUAUGCGUACCCUAAAUUCCUGCGACUGAAAGUUUGGGGAAAUGUCACUUUGUGGCAGCAGAUGGGUCGUCUUGUCUUGGGUCUCGUAGCAUUACUAACUGGAUUUGCCACAGCACUCAGUCUCAUCUUUUUGGGUUACCCGCAAUGGGGUGUUCGUUUCUGGGUCUUACUGCCAAUGUGGUUCAGCAUUCUGAAUCUUUUAGUAUUUCUUACGGGUCUAGAUCCCUUUUGGGUUCUGCUUUUCAACAUCAGGUAUGGAAAUACGAUUUCAGCAGGUGGCGAUAUUUGUUUCCCUCAUUAUCCGAUUUCUCUAUUUUAUUUCUUUCUAGCGAAACCACGACAUUUCAUUUCAAUAAGAUCAUCCAACCACAAGCUAAACGAAUUCUCUGGUCUCGAGCCAUUUGGCUUCUGA